GGCACUUUUUUGUCAACAAUCAUAACCUUAUUAAACACGUGUUUUCUACCAAAUGUCAAUUAGUUUGAUACAUAAUUUUUUAACAAUAUAUCGAAGUUAUCAUUAAACAUAAAUUUAUAUAAAUAAUAGCGUGCAAUAUGUCAAGGAGACCAGAGCAUUUAGCACCUCCCGAAGUGUUUUACAAUGAAGAAGAGGCUAAGAAAUAUACCCAAAACUCCAGAAUGAUUGAUAUUCAAGUUCAAAUGUGUGAACGAGCUAUUGAAUUACUUUUACUUCCUGAAGAUGAGCCUUGUUUCCUUUUGGAUAUUGGCUGUGGUUCAGGACUUAGUGGGAGUGUUUUAGAAGAUCAAGGACAUGUAUGGGUGGGCUUAGAUAUAUCUUCGGCUAUGCUGAAUGUUGCUUUGGAACGAGAAGUCGAAGGAGAUUUAAUUCUUUGUGAUAUGGGCCAAGGAAUGCCAUUUAGACCUGGAAGUUUUGAUGGAGCUGUGAGCAUUUCAGCUCUUCAAUGGCUUUGUAAUGCUGAUAAGAAAUCACAUAAUCCUAUUCAAAGACUUUACAAAUUUUUUUCGACCCUUUUUGCUUGUCUAUCAAGAUCAGCAAGAGCUGUAUUUCAAUUUUAUCCUGAAAAUAGUGAUCAAAUAGAAUUGGUAACAACUCAGGCAACUAAAGCAGGAUUCUUUGGUGGAGUAGUAGUUGAUUACCCUAACAGUACAAAAGCUAAAAAAUUUUUCUUAGUGUUAAUGACUGGAGGAAAUAUGCCUUUACCUACGCCAUUAGGUGAUGAGUCAGAAUCUACAACUAUUAAAAAAUCAGAAAGGGAAAGAAUAAAAAAUUCUCGAGGAAAAUCAUUGAAGGGUACAAAUUGGAUCUUGGCAAAAAAAGAGAGAAGACGAAGACAAGGAAAAGAGACUAAAGAAGAUACUGUGUAUACAGGAAGAAGACGUUGUGGUUUUAAAUGGCGUAAAUUUUAGAAAAAUAGCUGUAAAUAACUCUGUUUACUAAUAAUAAAGUUUCUAUUUAAAUGUA